AAUGCCCCUCUUCCAGUGGAAAGCCUAAUCACGCAGAUAUCCUGCUCGUAAACUUACAGUAUGUUUCAGAAGUGGAAAUAAUUAACGACCGCACGGAAACGCCUCCUCCUUUAGCUUCCCUCAAUGUUAGCAAGCUCGCCAACAAAGCGCGGACGGAGAAGGAAGAGAAGAUGAGCCAGGCGUAUGCAAUUAGUGCUGGUGUCUCUCUGGAGGGGCAGCAGCUCUUCCAGACUAUACACCGCAGCAUUAAGGACUGUAAAUGGCAGGAGAAGAACAUCGUUGUGAUGGAAGAAGUCGUCAUCGCCCCUCCCUACCAAGUGGAAAACUGUAAAGGCAAAGAGGGGAGCGCCCUGAGUCACGUACGCAAAAUA